CUAAAUUAAAGAACGAGAGGUUACUGUGAAACGAGUUCUUCUUCGUCUUCUUCAGAAACAUAGAAGAUGAUGAACACACUUCAUGCAUUUCAGACAACCUUAACACCAAACUUCCAUGUUCUUUUCAAUGCCUCGAGACAUCCCAUCUCCAGAACCCAAUUUCUCUGUCUCUCCAAAUCGGGAGACGGAACUUCAGAUUCUGAUUCUGAUCCAAACCCUCCAAAACCUGAAGGCGAUACUCGGAGACAAGAACUCUUAGCCAGGAUCGCCAUGAUUCAGACAUCGAAGGUUCGUUUAACGGAUUUCUUGGACGAACGAUCAGAGUAUCUCACCAAGUUUGCUGAAGAGGCCAAUGCGGAGUUUGACAAGGUUGGAGAAGACGCCAUGAAAGACCUUGACGAAGCUAGCACAAGGAUACUGGAGAAUAUCGAAAGCAAGAUGCAAGCUUUUGAGGAAUCUGCGGGAUUGAACAGAUUAGAGAUUGAGGAGAACGAUAAUAAGUUGGCUGAGUUUGAGGAGAAGAUCCAAGUAGACAGGAAUGAAGGAUUGUUCUUUAAAAGCUUACGAGACAAAAAACCGGUGGAUAGAGAGCAAGCUAAAGAGGAAGCUGAUAAAAUACAAGAAGUUACCAAAGAAAGUGCAGGAUCAAAGUCAAGAAGGAAUAUUUACCUCGGGUUAAUUGGGAUCGUGGUUCUCGCAAUUGCUGAAUCCUUCGUUUCUUCACCGGAUUGGAGAAAAGUCGCAAUUCUUGGAGCUAUUCUUGUCCCACUGCUCACUCGAUUCGUCUACGAGCAGACAUUAUUAUCAGAAGAAGCAGAUAAGGGAAACGGAAACAAGAAGGAAUGACCAAUAGACGCAGACAAUUGGACUCUGUAUCGAUCGAAACAGAUAAAUAUAACUUGAUGGCAUAG